AUGGAAACAGCUCUGCCUCCACUCCGAUACGCUCCGCUGGGAAAGAACGAGAUACGAGUGCUUCGCAUUUCGGACAUUAGCCGACCCGAUGCGAUCUCUUGCACUCUUCUUCAUCGCCCAAGGACUGAUGCUGACUACAUCGCUCUGUCCUACUGCUGGGGCGAUCCGAAGCCGGUGGUAGACAUCACGGUCGAUAACCAGAGACUGGGUGUGGCACAAAAUCUAGGAAAAUUUCUCCAGUCGUGGCUCACCACCGCGAAUGAAGUGCAUCGCGCCAAAUGCCUUUGGAUCGAUGCUGUUUGCAUCAACCAGAGUGAUGUGGAAGAGAAGAGUGUACAGGUUAGCCGGAUGUGGAGUGUAUAUGAGAACGCGGGCCUAGUUAUUGCUUGGCUUGGCGCAGGCAGUGAGUCCACGACAACGGCUGUCCAUACCUUG